AUGGCGAGAGAUUUCAAGCUCAUUUUCGCCAUUUCUCUACUGCUUCUGCUUCUGGAGUGUUGCCACGGUGGCAAGGUCGGAGUUUGUUACGGAAGAAGCGCCGACGAUCUUCCAACACCGGAAAAAGUCGUCCAGCUCAUCAAACAGCACAACAUCCAAUACGUCAGAAUCUACGAUUACAACCCUCAAGUCCUCAAAGCAUUUGCAAACACAAGCAUCGAGCUAAUGAUCGGAGUCCCAAACUCCGACCUCAACGCCUUCUCCCAAUCCCAAUCAAACGCAGACACGUGGCUAAAAAACAGCGUCUUGCCACACUACCCAACAACCAAGAUCACCUACAUAACCGUCGGAGCCGAAUCCACCGACGAUCCACACACCAACGCUUCCUCCUUCGUCGUCCCGGCGAUGCAGAACGUCCUAACCGCUCUCCGUAAAGUCGGUCUGAGCAGAAGGAUCAAAGUCUCGACGACUCUCUCCCUCGGCGUCCUCUCAAGAUCUUUCCCUCCUUCCGCCGGAGCUUUCAACAGCAGCUACGCCUACUUCUUGAGGCCAAUGCUCGAGUUCCUCGCAGAGCAUCAGUCUCCUUUCAUGAUCGAUCUUUAUCCUUACUACGCUUACAGAGACUCUCCGAGCAACGUGACUUUGGACUACGUCUUGUUCGAGUCUUCCUCCGAAGUCAUCGACCCAAACACAGGUCUCCUCUACAAGAACAUGUUCGAUGCUCAAGUCGAUGCGCUCUACUACGCUCUCACGGCGUUAAACUUCAGGACGAUCAAGAUCAUGGUCACAGAGACUGGAUGGCCAACGAAAGGCUCCCCGAAGGAGAAAUCAGCCGCGUCUCCGGACAACGCAGAGACGUACAACACGAACAUUAUCCGCCACACGGUGACCAACCAAGGCACGCCUGCAAAGCCGGGAGAGUCGAUGAACGUUUACAUAUUCUCGUUGUUCAACGAGAACAAGAAGUCGGGUUUGGAUUCGGAGAGAAACUGGGGGUUGUUUUACCCUGACCAGACUAGUGUUUACCAGCUGGAUUUCACGGGGAAGAACAACGGAGUUCGGUGGAAUUCGAGCGGUGGAAACUCGAGUGGGAGUAGUAGAUGGUGUAUUGCUUCUGCUAAAGCUUCGGAGAGAGAUCUGAAAGGUGCUUUGGAUUGGGCUUGUGGUCCGGGGAAUGUUGACUGCACGGCUAUUCAACCGAGCCAGCCUUGUUUCCAACCAGACACGUUGGUUUCUCAUGCUUCUUUCGUGUUUAAUAGCUACUUCCAGCAGAACAGAGCGACAGAUGUUGCUUGUAGCUUCGGAGGAGCUGGUGUUAGAGUCAACAAAGACCCUAGUUAUGACAAAUGCAUAUACAUAACAGCAGGAGGGAACAAAACCAAGGUGACGAAUGCAACUGCAUUGACCUCCUCUGCUUCAACUUCUCAUGGAAACAAGCUGGCCAGAUGGAUUUUGAGACUCUGUCUCGUGAUCUUGUUGUUGUUUCGGUUUUGA